CCGGUUACUGCGGCGGAUGUUGAUGUUUUGUUUCGGAGCCUGCUGAGCGAUGUGAGCUGUAUCGUCUCCGGGACGGGUAUAUAUAUUGUCUUCACGGUUUUCUUUGUACUUUUUUUUAUUUUCUCGGUAAGGUCUCGCUGUUCCGCGGCACAGUGUCUCUCCCGGCGUCUCUCCCGGGAAGCGCGAGGCCGAGCCGUGCGAUGAUGGAGGACUUUGAUGAGAUCUACGAAGAGGAGGAGGAGGAAGAGGAGGACGAGGACAGGGCCGCGGAGGAGCAGCUCCUCAAGUACGCUCCGGACCCGGUGGUGGUGCGAGGGUCCGGCCACGUCACCGUGUUUGGGCUUAGUAAUAAAUUCGAGUCAGAAUUUCCUUCAGCACUUACAGGAAAGGUGGCACCAGAGGAAUUCAAAGCCAGUAUCAACCGUGUAAACAGCUGUCUGAGGAAGACGCUGCCCGUGAAUGUGCGGUGGCUCCUGUGUGGUUGCCUCUGCUGCUGCUGCACGUUGGGCUUCAGUUUGUGGCCUGUCAUCUGCCUCAGCAAGAGGACAAGAAGAUCUAUAGAGAAGCUUCUGGAGUGGGAGAACAGCAGACUCUACCACAAGUUGUGUUUGCAUUGGAGACUAAGCAAAAGGAAGUGUGAAACCAACAACAUGAUGGAAUAUGUAAUCCUAAUAGAGUUCCUACCUAAGAUCCCCAUCUUCAGACCGGAUUAGCCCGACUGCAGCAGAUCUUAAACCUUCACUGCUGCCCAGCUCUGUCAGAUCCACAAUGGCUGUCAAGUUUCUGACUAACUACCCUUUCCGAAAUACUCCAAUAUUUUUGUUUACAGGGUAGCAUCGGUCCUCCCUCUUUUCUCUUUGACCCGUUCUCCCACAUGUACCUUCUCUAACAUCAUUGUUUACAAAUCCAGCAUCCCCACACGUUUUUUUGGAGCGAAAUUCACAAUUAGACUUGAACCGUGACCUGAUCAGGCGAGCUGGCGCACUGUGACACGGCCAUGCUAACCGGCACCAGCCUGUUGGAUGUCAGAGGAGAACCAGCCAUGGGCAGUGUUACGGAUUUUGGAACUCGAGCUGGAGACCGGACUCCUGAAUGGAGUUCUGUGAGCUACAACUGGAAUUUUGUCACUUACAUGUUUCCAAACCUAAGCACAUGGCACAGUCUGACCAUGAUCAAACAAACACUUUCAUACGUUACCUACUGUCACACCGCCACAUUCACCUGCAAAAAAAAAAAAAAUACACCCCAGUGCUUUUGUAACUGUUGGUCUGGUGCUCUAGAUCGUUACUAGAGGCUGUAGAGACAACACAACAUGGAACUCCAAAGGAACCACAUCGAAGGAACUUUCAUCCAAAUCAACUCUGUAGCAGACGGACUAGUCUUACAGGAACAUGUUUGGCCAGUGGCCAGAAUAGCUGGACUCAAUAAAUGUCACACUUAUCAACUACCAGACAUCCUUAUCCUCCCACCUACUUUCAUAUCCCUGCACACUUCACUGUGCAUCACCCUAACCCAGUGACAAUCAUGCAGUCUGACUGUACUCUGUAGUAUGAAUGGGUCUUUAUGCUACACAAUUUACCUGGAACAAUUUGUUGUGUGUCCAGGUGAUGAGCUGGCUGCCUAGCAACUGCUUCUGAGUCACAGUGGAAUAAGUAAGCUGUAAAGAAGGCCACUGGUGAUGAAGAGAAGAAACCUUUUUUUUUUUUUUUUUUUCUUUUUAGUAUCUCAAAUUCUGUUUACUGUUUUGGUGAAAGAGAGGCAGUCGAUGUUUGCAAAACUGUUCACUGUGUUUGUUAAAUGUAUGUGUGUGUCUCUAUGUCUGAGAGAGAAACAGAAGCAAAAAAGAGACAAAUCAGACAUGAAUAGAUGCUCUUUACUCUGUAAGGCAGGGUUCUUUCUUUAAAGUAUUUCUUUGCCAUAACCGA